GCGGCAGAAGCCGGCUGUCCUGCCGACCAUCUCAUAUUGCCGUGCCGCUGCACCACGCCUCGGGACGAUGAGAUACAGAUCUGGUGCAGCCACAGCGACGUGUCGGGCGUGGUGCGCGCGCUGCAGGCGGCGGCGCGGCAGCUGCGGUCGCGCGCGGUCGACGAGCUGGUGCUGGAGGGCAACGCGCUGCCCGCGCUGCCCGGCCGCGCCUUCGCGCCGCUGCGCGUGCUGCGCCUCAUGCUGCGCGACAACGGGCUGGAGCGCGUCGCGCCCACCUGGCUCGGCGGGCUCGAGGACUCGCUGCUCGAGCUCUUCCUCGUCGAGCCCGCGCUGCGCUCCCUGCCCGCCGACUCGCUCCUCCACAUGCGCUCCCUCGAGGCGCUCACCGUGCAGGCGGGCGGCGUGCGCCGUGUGCCGCAGCUGUCGGGCCUGCCGCGACUGCACUACGUGUCGCUGGAGUGCCCGGCGCUGGAGCAGCUGCAGGUGUCGGGGCUGCCGGCGCUGUCGGAGCUGCAGGUGUCGGGCGCGCCGCGGCUGUCGCGGCUGGAGGAGCGCUCGCUGGGCGCGCUGCCGCGCCUGCACACGCUCAACGUGACGGCGUGCGGCCUGCGCUGGCUGCACGCGCGCUCCCUGGCCGGCGCGCCCGCGCUGCGCCACCUGCUGCUCGCCGACAACCGGCUGCAGGACGCCGCGCUGGUCGGCCGCGCCGCCCGGGCGCUGCCCGCGCUCGACACGCUCGUGCUCGACCGCAACCUCUUCGACCGACUGGGCGAGGCGACGUUCGUGGACCUGCCGUCGCUGCGAGAGCUGCGGCUGGCAGACAACCGCAUCGAGGAGGUGCAGCGGGGGGCGUUCCACCGAGUGCCCGCCCUGCGGGUGCUCGACCUCAGCCGCAACCUGCUGCGCCGCAUACACCCGGAGGCCUUCCUGCAGGGCUCGGGGAAGGCGGGCGUGGAGGAGCUGUACCUGGAGGGCAACCAGCUGUCGUCGGCGAGCGAGCUGCGGUCGGCGCUGUCGCAGCUGCCGCGGCUGCGCUUCCUGGACGCGAGCGGCAACCGCGUGUCGGAGCUGGAGGGCGGCGCGCUGCACGGCCACGGCGCGCUCGAGCAGCUGCACCUCGAGCGCAACGGGCUGCGCCGCCUGCACCGCGGCGCGCUGCGCGCCCUGCCCGCGCUGCGGGAGCUCCGCCUGCGCAACAACUCGCUGGCCGGCGCCGUCGACGCCCCCUUCUGGGACCUGCCCGCCCUCAAGGGCCUCGACCUGUCCUUCAACUUCUUCCCGCGGCUGGACGAGCGGCUGCUGGCCAACCUGCCGGCGCUGCGCCGGCUCGACGUCAGCGGCAACAUGAUCGCAGACGUCGACCCCACGUGCUUCCUGGACACCCCGCAGCUCGAGAGCGUCAACCUGUCCGGCAACGCGCUCGUCCACAUCCAUCCGGUCACCUUCCGCAACCUCAACAUGCUCUUCGAGGUGGACAUGGCCAGGAACCGACUGCUGGAGCUCCCCACGCAGCUGCCACAGGGCCUGGAGCACCUGCACGCAGCCAGCAACCAACUGUCGUCGAUGCCGGUUCUGGCGCUGCCGGCGCUGCGCAGCCUGGACCUCACCGCGAACGCCCUCUCCAGCAUGCCCGACAUGCGGCGGCUGCCCCACCUGCGCAAGCUGCACCUGGGCCAGAACCUGCUGCAGCGCCUGCGCGGCACAGACCUGGAUGCCCUCGCCAGCCUCGAGGAACUCGACCUGCACGAUAAUCGGCUGGUGAGCGUGGAGUCGCUGGGCGGCGCGGCGCGGCAGCUGCGCUCCCUACAGCUGCGCGGCAACCGCCUGCAGCACGUGCCGGCCGCCAUGCUGCGCGGCGCCCGACUGCUGCGCCACUGCGACCUCAGCAGGAACCACAUCGCCGCCGUCGACGAGGACGCGCUCGCCGACACCAGGGACCUGGAGACGCUGGACAUGUCGCACAACGUGCUGGAGGAGCUGCCGGAGGCGGUGGCGCGGCUCCCGUCGCUGCGCGCCCUCGACGCCAGCCACAACCGGCUGGUGGCGCUGCCCGCGCAGGGGCUCACCGCAGCAGGGCUGCCCGCGCUCACCGAACUCAGCCUCGCGCGCAACAGACUGACAUCGCUGCGUGCUGGGGCAUUCAGUGGGCUUCCGCGUCUGUCACUGCUGGACCUGGAGAACAACUGGCUAGAGAGUGUGGAGACAGGUGCACUGUCUGACUUGCCGCAGCUGCGAGCUGUGCGCUUGGCGCACAACCGCUUGCAGCAGUUGCCACGUGCUGCCAUGGCCGACCUCCCACAGCUGCGUUCAGCUGAGCUGCAGGAGAACUCCCUCUCUGACAUAGCUGACGAAGCCAUAUACGGAGCACCUCACCUGUUGCUGUUGAACCUGAGCCACAAUGCUCUGACUGGUCUAGAGAGAGCUGGUAUUAAGGGACUGAAGUCUCUUGAGGUCCUUGACCUCAGUAACAAUCAAUUGUCACAUAUUCCUGGAAGUUCAUUAACUGGAAUGGAUUGGCUAGUUGAACUCAAGAUGGACAACAACAGAAUAUGUGCAAUACAAGGAUCGCCCUUCAAUGAAAUGCCAAGGCUUCGCUUCCUCAGCCUCAGAAACAAUAAAAUGACAUCAUUUCCAGAACCAACUUUUAAAAAGCUAAGGAGCAAUUUUGCUGUGCUCGAUAUAGCUGGUAAUCCCAUCUCGUGUACCUGCAACUCACUUUGGCUUCAGAAUUGGAUGAGAGAAGCACCUGGAAGUGAUUUGUAUUGUUCUGAUGGUUCAUUGCUAAAGGAUGCAAGGCUGUCACGCCAAGAGUGUAAGGGUGAACAAAUAACUGAAAAAUUUGCACCAGGAUGUGACAGUGAACUGACAGCUGGGAAUUCUGUGCAAGGAACAUCUCAAGUAUUGUCUACUUGGGUUGAAAACUCUCCUACACAAGAGCCGCAUCCUUUGCCUCAAGAUUCUGGAUACUUUUAUGAUGAUUUUGUAGAAUACCAGUAUGAAGAUAUGAAUAAUACAGAAAAUAAUGCAAGCCUCUCAGCUACCUCUACAAAUAUAAACACCUUAACUCCUGGUUUUACCAAUCAAGAUGAUAGUCUGUCUUCACACUAUAUAUCUGGUGACACACCAACAUUUUAUGCGGGCACCCAAAAUAAGAGAAACAAGACAAGUACUGAUGAUAUUGUUCCAAUAAAAAUACCACAGCAUGUGCCCCCAAGUACUAGUGGUAUAACAUUUUUUGGGAUUCCUCUACCAAGCCUUAGCCUUGGAGGACUGUGGGGUUCAUCAAGGAAAGCAGACUCAGGUCCUGCAGAGGUGAGAUUUGUUGGGGCAAGAGGGAAAGUGCACAUACCACCACCAACAGCACCACAAAUACAAAACGGUGGCUUCGUACCAAUGUUGCCAGAAUCUGGUGGCUUCACACCAAUUGCUAACCCACAACUCAAACAAGAAAUGAGAGAAAUGUUACCUAGUAUUCAUUUAAAAACAAAUAAUAAAACAAUUAAUCUCACUUCUCAGCAAAUGCCUAAUAAUACUUUGAUCUCACAACGAAACAUAUCAGUUACAAGUCACAUGGAAAAGAAAAUAACAUUACCACAGACACAAGAAGAUAAGAAAUUCAUUAGUCAAAAACAGAUGCUCCCAGCUGAUGAUAAUGAAAUGAAGAAGGUAACAGAGUUUAAAUCAGGAGAAAAUAUCAACCCUGAACUUCCACUUAAACCAGAUUUUAUGGAUCCACUCACAAUUAUCAGCAACUUUCCUCUAACAAAAGGACUUUUAUCAAGCAAGUCUGAGUUUAGUGAAAAAGACAGCCAGGUAGUGACUUACACUCACGUUAAUACUUCAUUGCCAAACCAAAGACAUAUUAUGCUAAGUUCAAAUACCUCUGACAAUCAUGCUCUUUUAUCGAAGGAAGUGAAUUACAGCCAGCAAGUAUUACAACAGACUUCUGUACCAUCACAUUUUGGAACCCCAAGUAAUAUUCAUAAGAAAUCUCAACAUUCAUCAAUAAAACAGCAUGACCUAAUGGCUGACAAUAACCAAACAGCAGCGGUUUUAAAUAUGGCAAAAUUUUUGACUGAGACAUUUGCAACAGGGCACUAUAAUAAUACUUCUCAAACUACAACCUCAACACCAGGUUCAACAACUACAAGGAAUACACUGCAGCCAUUGCAAGGUGGCCUCUCAAUUGCAGCUGAUACUUCAGAAGAUUCAGUGAAAAUUUUGCAAGCGCCAUCAUCAUUGUCAAGUCUACUGAUUCCACAAGAGCCAUCGAGGCCACCUACAGGGAAAUCCACCAUCACAAAAGUCUUAACACCACCCCAGUUAUCUCCAGGUCCUGAGCCAGUAGAAGAUUACCUUCGAGGACCUGAACCAAACACAAAUCCCAGAUCUGCAGAAGAUCCUCCUGCAGUCAGACCACCAGCAGAGACUGUGUGGAGACACAAUAGUUCCAUAGACUGGUACUUCAGAAACUACAAUAAUACUGAGCUGGAACCCUAUGUCGGUCAUGGAAGAAGACGCAUGACUAACCAACAACCACGGGUUAAAACCUCUAUCCUUGUUCUGAUUCUAAUGACAGUGCAUAUUAUGUGAAGAGAGUGUGUGAUCUCAGACAUUCUACACAGAGACAAAUUUCCAAUAGAAAAAAUUAUUUCUAAGUAAAAAAGAAGCUAUGUACAAAAUAAAAUUUAAACCAUUGCAAAACAAAGCUAUGGCAGAUGAAUAACAAAAGGAAUGUGAAUAUAUGAAUAUAUAAGGAACUCCACUACUUGCUUGUGUGCUAGUAUAGCUUUAUAUCUUUACUUUAUGAUGAUAUUUUUAUGGUGUUUUAUAUCAUGUUUAGCAUUAAUUUAAUAUUUCAAAAGUGCAAAGAGGCACUUUCACAACUGUAAUCUAGUCUAUGGACAGUAAUUUGUAUAAAAGGUGAUACCAAUGAGCUUUUCUUCAUACAGUAGCAACAUUAGUUUGGAAACAACAUCUGCCAAGAAUCAGAGUGAGAGAACAGAGCUGGAAGUGAAAGAACAACCUAAAAGGCCAGACAUUUUGCUUAAUAAUUUAAUAUAAAUUGUAACUGCAGUCUUAACAUAUUUGUCCAUUAAAACUGAAGAGUUCAUUCUCUGGUUUAGUUCCUAUGAGUUUAUACAACAGGUUGGAGCAUGAAAUAUCUCCUACCGAGAAGGCAGUGUACAUUGUUUAUAUAAAAAAUUUUAUUAUAAU